AUAUCAAAAAGUCAUGAACAUACGUCAUAACGCGUCACCCACAGUUCAGCGCAUGCGCCGAAGUUCUAAAAAGUCCUUGUCAUUGUCUCCAUGUUGGACAGCGGUCUGGUGUCCUCUGAUUCUGCUGCUGCGGCUCUGCGGAUGGAGCACGCGGGACUCCUCUUCUUCUGUCUCUGCUCCGUGGUGGUUUUCAGCAGCGUCCUCCUUCCGGUGUCAGCUCUACAGUCCGGCUCACCUGAACGAGUGUUUGCAGACGCCGGCGAAGAUGCCGUCCUCCCAUGUCACUUCGACCCAUCUGUCAGCCCCUCGACCUUCGGCCUGACGGAGUGGUCACGGGUGAACGGUCCCUCCCUGUCCACGGUUCACGUCGUCCGCAAUGGAGAGGAGCUGGAAAAGGAGGCAACAGGAGAGUACCGCGGGAGGACGGCGGUGGCAGAAGACGGCUCUCUGACGCUGCGAAACGUCACGCGGCGAGACAGCGCCACCUACAGAUGUUUCCGUCGUGGAGGAACAUCUGUGAAAGUGUUUGUCUCUCUCAUUGUUGCUCAGGUGUCUGAGGUCAACGUCACUGUGCGGGAGUUGUCCAAUGAGCUGGUUGUUUACUGUGAGUGCAGCAGCUGGGGCCUGAAGCCGCGGGUGUCUCUGCUGGACGCCGAGGGAAACGUCCUCCCUGCUGAGAGCCAGUCGUCAGUGGAACCGGGCGACCUCUACUCCGUCAGGGCGCACCUGGACCUGGCUAAAGGAAAAUCAAAAAAGAGUGGAAUCAUGGUCUGUCAAGCGGAGAUCACCGAGCUGCGCCUGGUGAAGGAGAAACGCAUCGAUAUCAGUGAAAAGUUGAGUGUUUCGGAGGCGGAGGCGGGUCCUGGAUACGCAGUCGCAGCCACCAUCCUGCUUGUCGUGGCUGUCGUGGUCAUCGUCGUUCUUCAGUGGAAGCUUGAGAAGCUGAGAGUGUUCUGCACCAGACUGGUCCAACAGCCGCUCCGAGGAGAAGAGGCACAACCACUUCUCAAAGACAUAGACAUCUCCCAGGUGGACACGACAGGAGCGUCUGAAAUCACGGCGAAAUCUCAACAUCUGUUCAACAACGAUCAACCGCUGGAUGGAGUCAAAGUCUCAGAACAGCUGGCUGAAAGAGACCUGGACGAGAUGAACAAAUACAAAGACAUCAUCAACAGAGUGGGAGAAUCUGAAAACAUCCCCCCCUCCCUGCUCGCUGGCAUCAUCUCCAGACAGUCUCUGGCCGGAACCAAGCUGGAUCAAAACGGCUUCGGACUGUACGACUCAAACUGCUUCGGUCUCAUGCAGAUCAGUAAGCUUCACAACUGUCUGGAAGGCGGCCCGUUCAGCAAGGAGCAUGUGGAACAAGGAGCCAGAAUCAUCGCCAGGCUCCUUCGGAUCAUGCUGAAGGAGAGGAAGAACUGGACCUCACAACACCAGCUGAAGGGAGCGUUGGCUUGUUACAUCUUAGGUGAGGAGAAAGUCCUUAAUUUGAAGGAUCAUGAGAACAUGGACAGUGAGACGCCAUGCAAAGACUUCGCCAAUGAUGUGAUCGCCAGAGCGCGCUGGUUCGCCAACAAAGGCUUCAAGACACUUGGCAACAAGUAUUGAGAUAGAUGUUUUACAGAGUUCCUGUCCCUGAAACAGACACAGCUCUAAAAAAAACAAGUGAGUUCAGUUUUGAAUCUCCUGAAUUACAGUUUCCAUUCAAAAAUAAAAAUGAAGCUGUGAGUGACGAGCAGGGCAGCAGAGCUGAAGGAGCUGAUGUCUGAAGUAGGUUUAGGGUUAGAUAUUGAUUAUAUCAUUAGAAUUCAAAUAUUAUUUUGAUGUAUAUGUUGAAGCAACUUCCUGUAAAUGAUGUCACUUCUGGAAUGUACCAUUAUUUUACAAGGGUUUUUUAGGUGAGGGUUGACUUGAAAUCAGGGGACACCCUUCAAGGCUUCAGUGGUUAGCAACAACACUGAUUGUGCUGCCUUAUUAAGGUCCUAAGUGGAACUGUUUUGUGUAUUUUAGAUGUAUUACAGGAGCUGAGGUUGAAAUGCCAAUAACGCAGCCAAAAUUACCAAAACAUCAAAAAUGAAAAGGACAAAAAUGUCCAUAGGGAUGCACAACGGUUAUUAAUGAUCAUUUCCUUCACUUUACUGUGGCAGUAUUAAUACAUGUAACGUUUGUCAGACAAAAAUAAUCUUCACCUUAAACUCAGGGAACAUUAAUGGAAACUUCGCCACAUGUUGAAAAGCCUUAAAAGUAUUUGUUACGUUUUAAAUGUGUCAUAUUCAAAUUGGCAUUUAUAUGACAUCAUUGUUCUCAUGUUACAUUAAUGAAGAACAAGUGAAGAAAAUGUGUUGUUAAUGCGCUGUAUGAGUUUAGAAGAAAAAAAUAAUUAAUCCAAGAGGCUGAAACAUUUUACCAUUUAGCAAAAGUGAGAUCAUGAAAAAACAUUAUACUGGUGAAUCAUGGAUUUAAAAACAUGUUUUCAUCUGAGCAGUUCUCUAAGGUGUCGGACACCAGUUAGCAGGAGCUAGCUUUAGCAUGAUACCAAGAGUCUGACCGGUUCUUCCAAAGAGCUUCCAAAGUUUUUUGUUUAAAGACAAGAACUUUAGACAUUUUGGAAACAAACCUAUUUUUAUAACGUUGUAUAUGAACUUGAAGAGCUCGUUCUGACGUGGAAUAUAAUAAUAAUGUGCCACGUUAGUAUCUUGGAACUCAUAAGUCAAACAUCCUGUUUGUAAAAGUUAGCAUCUUGCUAAGUUAAUGUCUUCGUUUUAAAUGAAUUGCAGCCAACAAUAACAACUACUGUUACAGUAACAUUUGUGUUACAGGAGUAUUACUCAUUAUAGAGCCAUUUACUUUACUGGUAAAGCCGGUAAUAAAAGAAAUCUCAGUGGAAAAGUCACUACAUGUUGAAGGACUUUAACAAUUUACGUUACGUUUUAUUUUUAGCUUCACAUUUCUUAUUUCAGUGUUCAAGUUCAGUGUUUCAUUAUUAUUCUCUGUGAUAAACAUUUAUCUCCCGCGUGUUUUGUGCAUGAAAGUUUUCACAAUCCUGGAAUAUGACACAGUGACUUUCCAAAGAAUAAAGUGUGUUUUGCAAAUA